GUUCAGUCGUCUCGCGUCGGCCAAGCGGCGCAGACCCGUUGCUUGUAUUAUAAUUAAUUUAUAAUCGAAUUACGCUGCGAGUGUUUAUAAAUUGUGCUUUCAUUUUUUUUAUUUCAACUGUGCAUGUGCCAGGAUUUUUGGUAGCGAUCCAAAAAGGUCUCGUAUGAAAGCUAAAGAUAAUCUGAAAGAUCCGCUAAGGGUUUAGUCCCAUCACAAAAGAUGAAGGCGCUACCAUUCUGUGUCACUCUGGUUUGCCUGUUAGCGUUCACAGAAUCAAAAUCUCAAGAUAUCAAAAGCGAUGUUAAAGUUUUGACCAAUAAUCAAGAUAACAAGUCAAAGGAGUCGUGGAUGAGGGCGCCGGCUGGUGCUGUCACUGUGAAGAGUGGCGAGGAUGCUCUGCUGACUUGCGUGGUGCUAGGAGCUAAGGAAAGACCGGUGAUAUGGAAACGGGCGAGGGAUCAUCAAGUAUUGACAGCUGGCAACCUGAGAGUGACUCGAGACGAUAGGGUGCAAGUGUUGCACGAUGAUUCUGAAGAGCCCCUCCAAGGUCCAGGCAUCACAAAGGGCGGGGACGUGUGGGCGCUCGUCAUAAAAACCGUCAAAGCCUCAGAUGCCGGAAUGUACGUGUGUGAACUAAACACAGAACCGCCUGUCAGAAGUUUCCACAAAUUGACUGUAAUUUCGAGAGGGCUAACUCCACCAGAGAAUCAAAAUACCACUGAUAGCUACUCCGCUAACGUACCUACACUAUCAUCAAUAGCGUUCUCUCAUAACUAUACUGAUUGUUGUUUAUCCGCGAACGUGACAAAAAGCUGUUUGGGCUACUGCAGUAUACAGUCUAUUCUGGAUGGGCCUGGACAAGAUCCAGAAGCGUGUCAAACUGAUUUCCCGUCAAUUGUAAAAUGCAUGGCGGAUGGCCGUAAUCAUGUACCAUGCUGUGUCCAAGAGCAUAUUCCUGAUAUAUGCCAAGACGUGUGCAGAGGAGAGUACUCUCCGGUAACAGAUAAUAUUAAAACUCACUACUCCUGUGCUGCUUCGAUGGACAAAACUUUAGCUUGCAUCGUUGAGGGCAUAGAACUCCUGCCAAGUCAACCCGAAGACGUAGAAGUGGAGCCUCUAAAUGAAAAACAACUAAAUGUCUCAUGGAACCCACCAACAGAAAACACAGAAUCUGUCACUGAAUAUAUCGUAAAUGUGACAACCUUGCGAUCCUUUGAUGCCCAUUUAAUAGAUCCCUCCGAGAGUUCUCUAAAGAAUAUAAGCGGCAAAACUAAUACAAAAAAUUUCAAAGUACCAUCAAACAAAACUUUUCUGGUUAUAAAUGACCUGCUACCCUUUACGAUGUAUGAGAUUACAGUGACGUCAUAUAACAUCCACGGUUCGAGUUUACCUAGCUAUGGGAUUAGAUCGUUAACCCUCACACCCGGUAAGAUGAGGAACACAGGAGUAGCCGCAGCCCCAAAACUGCCCGAUGUUAAAGGUUGUUGCGUUAAAGCCGGUAUCAUACAUUAUGGAUGCGUGGACAAACUUUGUGAUCCAACCAAAACUUAUGAGAUUGCGUUGCAGGUCACAGAUCUCAUGAUCUGCGCUCCUUGGGCCGCCAUAACUUUCGGAUGUCUCGCCAACGGCAUGGACCAUUCGCCUUGUUGUCGAGCUAGAGGACUACCAGACACUUGCCUUCCGUUGUGCAGUGGAAAUAUCACAACGUUGGAUUUCAAUCACUUUAAGUGUCUUCGUUACAUGACUGCGUACACAAAUUGUCUUUUACAAGGCUACGGAGUACUACCAGGUCCGCCAUCCCGCCUUCACCUGACUAACAUAGACACAGACUACGCUGUAGUGCAUUGGGCACCACCUGCAGUACUAGCCGACACCGUCCAGUAUUACCACUUGCAUUUCAAAUCUCUACAGUCUGAAGAAGAUUAUAGGACAUUGGAUAAAGUACAGUCUCCGUACAUUCUUGAAAAUUUAGAAUCAAACACUGAUUACGAGAUCUAUGUAGAAGCAGUGAAUGAGCACGGUGUUGGAGAAUCAUCGCCUCGACUUAUAUUCAGGACUCAGAGUCAGGUAAUAGAGGAAGAGGAAGAGAACGCUCUUGCUUACAACGUGACUGCAUGUUGUUCUAACGUGGGCGUCUCAUCCGUGUGCAUGCCGCUGUGUGCGUACGACGCACGCAUGUCCGAUCUGCGUUCUCUGGCGCCACUCUGUGAUCGGGACUUCCCCAAGAUUGUUAGAUGUGGGGCUGGUGGUCGAAAUCACGAGAAGUGCUGUGCUAGACGUGGGGUGCCGCGUGCCUGCAGCUCUGUGUGCACAGGAGCAGCACAAGUAUCGUUAUUUUACUCCUGUGUCGCAUACAUCGGAAACGUUGUGCAGUGCUUUGAGGAAGGUACGGGCACAUUACCUGGUCCACCACGUGAAGUACACGCAGUGAUAUCAAGAGAUAAACUAUUCUUGGACUGGUCACCACCAGCUGAUGGCGCUAACGCUACUUCAUAUGUCGUGCAUUGGCAGAAAGUCGGGAACAACACCCAGCCUUACUAUUACAACACUUUACAGUUGGACAACAAAAUUAAUGUGACUGAGACAAUGGCACGGAUCGAAAAUUUGGAGGUAAACAGCUCAUACCACAUGUUUGUGGUGGCAGUCAACGAACAUGGAACCUCUCUCCCAUCCAGCAUGCUGCUCAUCAACAUAACUAAUGGUGACGCAGAGAACAAAGAGGUAUCCGGUAUUCCAUCUCCUCCUCACUCACUCUCUGUUGCGUCUCACUCAGCCACAUGGCUGGCCCUGAGCUGGCAACCUCCACAAUUCUCCCUACCCGAUGAAAAAAUAUCUUAUACAUUGUACGUUAAAACGCCGGCAAGCCAAUCCAACACAACUAAGAUCACUACAUCAGUGACUGGCCAUACGCUGGAAAAGUUGUCUCCAAACACCCAGUAUGUAGCCUGGGUAGUUGCGACUGCCGGAGCUGGUAGUUCACCGCCCUCCGAAACUUUACUAGCAUGGACUGAUCCAGCUUACCCCGCUUUCGUUGAGCCCCCGACAAUCAACCCGGUUAACCUUGUAGUCGAAGGAUCUAGCAUGACUAUUCUUUGUAUUGCCAUGGGAACCCCAACCCCCACCAUAUCGUUAUACAUUUCUGGUCACCUCGUCCGUCAAGAAGUAACCCGUCACAUGGUAACAGUCGUCCACAACGUCACGAGAGAUAUGGAACUGAUAUCAUGUUACGCGGAUAACGGAUACGGCACCCCCAUGCAGGCGUCUCGUAAAAUCAAUAUAUCACACAUACCUACCAUCCAAGCGUCAGGCAUUACCAUGGCUGCGGCGGGUGACUCUGUUAUACUGGAAUGUCGUGUGGAAGCGCUCCCCAAACCCACCAUCGCUUUCUGGAGGGACCCUAAUGGAAGAACACCAGUCAUUGACGGACCAAAUUACACGAUACAACUACUUGCAGAUCCAGAGGAGAAAACAAAAUACACGAUGCGAUUAAUAAUAAAGAAGAUAACGGAAACUAAUGAAGGAGAUUACUUUUGUCACGCGGAAAAUGCAUUUGGCAAAACAUUACGCCCUGUGUCGGUGCGACUGCGAGCAACCGGCCCACAUCACAACGUCACGGAAUGCUGCACACAGAUGAACGUGUCUUCGUCAUGUAUCGACGCGUGCACUUUUCACUUGGACAUGGACAACAUCAUGGACCGUCCUGAGUGCAUGAACGAUUUUGAUAAACUCAUGAAAUGUGCUGCUGAUGGAUCAGAUCACCGUAGUUGUUGUGCUUCCUGGGGCGUUCCUCGGAACUGCCUGGAACUUUGUCGCGGCGGUUCCGUUUCCAAGACUUGCGCUCUCCAACAUGCAAGACGAGCAUUGGCCUGCUUUAGAGACUCUGGUGCUAAACUACCAGGUCCACCAAGAAACUUAAAAGCACAUGCUGCCCCUACACCAAAUACUGUGUUGCUAAGCUGGGAGCCGCCCCUAAAGAAUCCGCAAACCGUGUAUCUUUAUCGUGUUUUCUGGCGAGCGUAUGGUGCCAAAGUCCCUGAGAAGUUGGACACAAGUGAAACCAGCGUGGUACUGACCGGUCUACAGGAUGAUGUGCGUUACGAAUGCGUGGUGAAAGCUGCCAAUGAUGCGGGUACAUCAUCUCUCAGCCAGUCCAUCAUGUUUACGACUGCUGGUCAGGAGACGGGGGCAUCAGCUUCUAAAGUGUCGACUUCUGGAACAGCCUCCGCAGUGGGAGUAGCGGUGGCUUGUAUUCUAGUAGUUGCCAUAUUAUUAGCCGCUGGACUUUAUUACAGACAUAGAAAGAAUCUUAGACUAAAGGCCCAAGGAGGAGUUGCCUUCGAAAACCCAAGCUACCUCAGAGAACCAAACCCUGAUAGCGUUGUCAAUGGUAACGUACCUAACGGGAUUACCAACGACAAUAUGAACGUCAUUGGCAAUGGUAUAUCUACGAGCACAGCAUGGAGACAAGAGACCCAGACGCCUGGCAGCACCAUCCCACAGCGGGAGGUGGAUCCUUCCUUAUAUGAAGAACUAAAACUCGGCCACGACGGGGCGGGCUUCAAGAGACUGAAGUAGCCCGCAGCUCGCCGCUCGCCGAUGCGCUCACCGCGGCUCUCGUCGCCGCGAGUGGCGCCCGAGAACUGAGCGGCUGGGCCCGAACCGCGGCUGAUGAGCCCCAGGGUACCACAUAUUUUCAUAGACUUAUGCAGGUUUUCGUGCAAAAGCUGUGGAGUGUUAUAAUAACACUAACUUUAGGAUAUACCAAAACAUUCAGCAUAUAUAAAAAUAUAAUUUAAACAAUAGAUCACGUUCAGAUUAUAAGCAUUUUAAUAUUGUAUGGACCCAUAGCGACCACCAAAUAUAGUCGUAAUAGACACGUAGAAAAAUAUGGAACGGUUCACCAGAGUGUAGAUUACAAAUUAUUUUUUCAUACUUUAUUGUGAUUCUAACCAAAUAUCUGUAAAUAAACAUUUCUUUGUCAAUAGUUUUAUAAUGAGAAUCUUUUUAGUUUAAAGUAGCGACAGUUUUAUUAGAACUCAAUAAAAGAUGUGCCUUCGAACAAUUAUAAAGUAGAAUGUAUAGUUACCUUUUGCGUGUAACUUAUGUAAAUAAAUACAUUCCAUAGAAUAAUAUUAAUAAAUAUUACGUAGAUAUUGAAACAGAAUGACGUUGAAGUCUUUUAUAUAACAAAGAUAUUAUACUAUUUCUUUUUAUAAACAUUUGUAUAUAAACGUUAUUUUGUUUCAAUUCACUUAGAGAUUUUGAAGUAAAUGAAAAAAAUUUAAAGACGUUUUGUUAUAAUAUAUUCACUAUGUAUGUUGAAGUUAAGAUCUCAAUUGGUCCGGAAAAAUAUAUUCUUUUAAGGCUGCGUUUCUAACCACAAUAAACUGGAUAUAGAGUGUGAACGAGAGAAAAAUGAGUGAAUAAAAUUAUUCCACUUUAAUUUUAUUAACUUAGUCACUAUCGAAAUACAUGACUUUCCAUAUAAAUACUUCUUCAAACACCCAAGAAACUCCGUUUAAUUGAAUCUAGCCUUAUUGUGCAAUGUCUUAAAAUUAUAAUACAGAACUAAUCUCUUUCAUGAAUAUAAAGAGCGUUAAAAUAAUUUUUUGCGUUAACGGAGAAUGUGAUGUUUAGUUAUAAAUAGAAAAAAAAAACGUUUUCUAAAAUAAUAAUAUAAUUUUAGUUAAAAGACGGAUGUGAUUAGAUUUGUAAAUAAUAUUAAUAAAAAAAUAUUUAAGAAA